CCAACACCAACACCACGAUAUGUUCAUCUUAAUGUAUUUACCCUCCCCCCGUGAUCAAACGGCAUGCGACAUCUUCUCUCUGCGCCAAACCGCACAGCGACAAACGCUGCCUAAAAACUCAUGCACCCCAGAGACCACCACUACAGCCGGGCGCAUUUGCCUAACGCCCAAAAACACAAUUGGUCACUUCUCACAAAUGAGGCUCAGCCCUGUGCUACCAACACUCGCAAGCUUCAAUAGAAUCAUGCAGGUUAUGCACACACUCCGCCUCUUUUGCCGCCCAACCCUGGUUCAGCCGCAGUAUGAAAAUGGAACCUCAGCUUCUCACAGCGGUUAAUUCUUCCACUUCUUCAAUUGUAACACCACGUAAAAAAUGCCGGCUAGAAUUCAUGAGAAUUGCGUUGACUUUCGGGUUUUGAUAUGGGAUAAGGGGAAUGAGAAGUGGCUUCGUGAGGAUGUCCGACCGGGGGACUUUUAUGAGGGGGAGAUACCUGCGCUGUGGACUGAGUCGCAUGUUAUAGUCGUGUAUGUGUUUUCUCGUUGAGGUUGAGUAUUAUGCUGACUAUGGCAGAUUCGCGGAUGCAGAUAAAGUACGCGACUGUUCUUUGUGUAAGAAACGCUUCACCGAUGUCUUCUGUAUGCCUGAGCUCUGGUGGUCAAGCUACAGCCGUCGAUCAAACGGCUAUUUUGGAAGCGAGACAUUUCGCGAUAACAACGGGAUGAUCACAGCAUUAAAUACGUGGUCACGGUUUCUCGUCAAGCAAUUAAACGAAAACAGCCAUCAAUGGCAUAAAUUCAACAUCCUAACACGCUGGAUAAAAGAUCCCCAACAAACAAUCCUGCUUGUCUUUGAAGCACCCAAACAACUGCGCCUGCGAGAUAGGUUCCCCGAUCCGCUGCUCAUAAACUCUCACAACGACACGCUCAGCGACCCCUUCUGGUUCUACCCGCGUUUAUUCGAAGAUCUCUCUCUUCUUCAAGAUAAAUCCGUCUGGGCAGUCAGAGACCACGUUCGCAAGAUUGAAAAAACAGAUCUUACACAAAAGCCUGAGCCGAGAUAUCGAGCUAUGCACGAUACAGCCAGGCAUGCUAUUCACGUCUCGGAAACGCUUGAAGUUGCGGAGAAGACUAUCACGGCGAUCAUACAGCAGCAUAGCACUUUUGAAGCUGAAGCAGCGGGGGGGAAUAGACCUGCAAAAGCAAAGUUUCGACAUGUAGGUGAACGACUACUGUGGUAUAUCCACAUUCUGCAAAGUCUACGCUGCAGAGCCUCCGCGAACAAAGAACGACUCCUCAACGAGAUCCAACUCGCGUUCAACUCAGUUGCUCAAUACGAUUCUCGUAUCUCUGUUAAGAUUGGCCAGGCAACCCAAUCCGACAGCGCAGCUAUGAAGACCAUAGCUUUCGUGACACUCACAUUCUUACCCGCUACGUUUAUAUCAGCGCUGUUCAGCAUGUCGUUCUUCAAAGUCGAUGACAAUACUGGGGUAUGGAGCGUUAAUGAGAAGUUCUGGGUGUACUGGGUGUUUGCGGUUCCCGCUACAUUGUUCACCUGGGGGUUGUGGUUGUCGUGGCAGUGGUUUUAUAGACCGGUUAAGAUCGGGGAGGAGGAGAAGCCUGUGAAGCAGUUUGGGGACUUGAUUGGGUUUGUGAAACGGGGUGGGACUGACGAAGAAUACCGGAUAUCUUGAGCUGGGAAGUUAUCGAAUAGGGAUGGGUCGGAUAGUGUUAUGGUUGGAUAUUGGGGUUGCGACUUGGAUAGCUUGACAUUUUGAGAUGCACAUGAGCGACAUUCUAGCGUGUAUUGCUGUUAAGUUGGAAGUCAAAUUAUAUUGCGUGCUAAUAUCCAUUGUACUCGUGUCUCGUUCCUCAUUCCGUUGUGUACAUUGCUAACAAUCCCAUUGUUGAAAUCGACCAAAACAUCCUAACCAUAGUUUCGAAUUGCAUCAUAAUAGUCAUCAGUCACAAAUGUUCUCUAUACAUCAAAUGAGUGCGUUGCACCUGGCACCAACAUCAUAGUCGACUGGCUGCACGGGAUCAACCGUCACAAUAGAAGCUGGCUUUGAUGAAGCAUCAUAUUCCUGCACAGCGAGUGGUGCUGGCGAUGCACUCGUCUCCAGUCCAGGCGUUGGGGUCGAUUGAACCGUCACCUCCACCACAAUACUAUCCUGUGGCGCUGGCGUUGAUACCUGAGGAACAGGAGCCGUGUUAUUCUCAGUCACUAGACUAGUACCAGCCAAGAUGUCGUUACGGCCGUAUCCGCUGUUGAGAAUGAGUGUAGUGUUCUCUGGUGUACUCGGGACUUCAACUAGAGGAAUGUCGCUCGUAAUGAUCUCGGGCUGGUUGUUCUGAAGGAACACCGGAUACAUGGGUUGCUGCGCUUGGGUCUGGGUUGUGAACAGUGGUGCUGGUUCGGCGGCAUAGUCGGGUACUGAGUACGAGAUGGUAACCUGCUGCUGAGGCAUUUGAGUUGGAUCGUAGACAUACGGCUGGGUAGGAUAGGUCUCUUGCGAAGUAACCUGAUAUACAGGUUGUUCAGUCAGCUGAACGGGAGGCUCAACGCCGGCCUGCUCAGAUGUAAUGACUGUCUCAUAAGAUGUUGUCUGCUGAGCCAAAAUUGGCUCUUGGGUUGAAGUAGCUUCGAACGUAGUCUGCUGCUGAACUUCAAAACCGGGUUGCUGCUCGUAUGUUUGAGUGUACUGAACCUCCUGCUCGAAGGCUGGUUGACCCUCAUUAAUAGUGUAAGAAACCUCAGUCGUAACACUGAACUGCUCAGGCUGCUGGCCAAAAGCAGGCUGUUGAUCAAACGCAGGUUGUUCGAAAGCUGGCUGUUCAGUCUGUACCGAGUACUCAAAUGUUGACUGCUGCUCGAAAGCUGGUUGCUGGAACAUCGACUGCUGAUUAUCCUCAAAGGAGAAUGACUGCUGAGGCUGUGAGAAAGACGAUUGCUGAUAGUCGAAGCUUUGCUGGAACUGUCCUUGUUGCUGGUCUUGGAAUCCGCUCGUGUCAUCACCUCCAAAUCCGAAGUCCCCAUCAUCGUUGUAACUGUCGUCGUACUCGCCAUCGCUUCCGGAGCCGAUACCACCGAAGCUGUUGACUGUGUUCAACAUCCGACCCAUCUUUCUCCAAUUCUUCUUCUUGCCAAGCUUUCCGACCUGUCGACUUGCCAUCUCAACGCCUUGACCAGUGAGCCUUGCUGCAUUGACCGUCGCUGAAAGGAUGCUAUCGCCGACAUUUUGCGGCUGAUUUGGUUGACCAGGCCGUGCUUUUCUCACAAUGACCUUAUUUCCUUGCUUCGUCUGUCGUGGCUGCUGUCCCGGCCGAUCCCACGUCGAUAAUCCAAGUUGUUCGUUGAUAUAGAACGGCGUCAUGUCUGGCGUUCUCAAUUCUCUCCAACCGUCAGGCAGAGAGUUGGCAGGCUUCACCCAUGAACUGGUCCCCAAUCUCUUGUUGAAGUAAAAUGUUCGACCAUCAGGUGUCUUGCGCUCAUCCCAGCCAGGUGGCAAUCCAGAGAAUCCAAACAAGGCCGCUGCCGUGGGCUUCAGGUGUGUCUUCAAGCCGGUCGAAUUAUGAGUGUACCAGAGUCGGCCAGAGACGUUCUUUCGAAUAGUCCACAUUUGGGUUGUCGCAUCUUGAACGGAAGAUUGAACUCGCGGGUCGGAUUCAGUGGCAUAGUAGGAUUUAUCGUGGCUGUGAGAAGUGUUGACUGCAUUGGAGGUGAAGCACCACACACAGAAGUUCGUCGUGAUAUGCGCUGUGCUGCAGAUGAGACAGGUGUAGACCGACACGUUGAGAGGAAUCCCUGGGAGUGUUAGCGGCAAUAACGGUUCACUCAAACGACACUCUCACCCUUUCGACAAUGGUUACACAGCUGAGGUUGCCCAGUAGAUGUGCGUCUCAAGUCUGCCGCAGGAGUAGCUUGAACAGCUGGAGUCGGCUGGAUCGCUGGAGUAUGCUGAGGUGGAUGAUUCUGCUGAACCGCUGGGAUUUGUUGAGCUGUCGGGGCAUAUUGAGCCGGUUGAGGUUGCUGUGCGCCUGGAGCAUGGUGAAUCGCUGGACUUUGCUGGGCCGGAACAUGCUGAACUGCCGGGGGUUGCUGGCUCACAGGUGGCUGCUGAACUGCGACAGAAACAACAUUUGGCUCCCAUCGUGGUGUGCCCGCAACGCUUGGUGUAGCGACUGUAGUGGCGGGCGUUGCGAUACCGGCGCUGCUACCGCUGAUGCUUCCCGGUCUGCCGUGAUCGGCCACAAAUGAACCGAUGUUGCUGUUGGCAGUGUCAACACGAUGGAUUUGCGGAGUUGGGCUUGCUGGAGAUUGUUGUGGUUGUGCUUGGUGAGUGUUUGGCAGAGUCGUUUGAGGAGCGGGGUUUGGUGAUGGGUUUGUCGGGCUGAAGGGUUGUUGCUGAGGGUGUUGCGCUUGGACAUGCUGCUGUGGAAGCUGUUGCUGUUGCUGAUAUUGUUGUUGCGGCGCUUGUUGAUGGUUUUGCUGAUACUGAAUUGGUUGUUGGUGGAGAUAAGGAGGUUGAGGAUGAGGUUGGCUGUGCUGUUGUUGCUGCUGGGGAGGAUACUGAGCAGGUUGCGCUUGCUGGUGCUGAAUUGGUUGGCCUGGGUGUGCUAUCGGCUGAGCUUGGUGAAUCUGCUGUGGACUUUGUUGGUGAUAAACAGGUUGAACCUGUUGCCCAGGAUGAUAUGAUUGAGGUCUCUGUUGUUGGACAUGUUGCUGCUGCUGCUGCUGGUUGUGAGGAGGAUACCCAGCUUGCGGAUACUGCUGCUGAGGAGCAGGUCUAUGCGGCAGCGAAAUGCUCUGCGCUUGUCCUCCAGCCGGCUUCCCAACAGGUUUCCUAGCCACAGACCUCUGAUGCAUCAAAGGCUGAGGCGUCGUUUGUACAACAUUACUCUGAGGCUGUGGAGACGCCAUCUCGACUUACACCAGAAAACACAAGGACAAGGACAAGAAAUGAC